GGUUGGCAUCACGGUCACUCUGCUGUACACCGCGACACGCUCUGCCAUCUCAGGACGAUCUCUGUUUGACCUCUUCACCCCCCACAGAAUGGAUCCCGUGUACGAGAACCCAGAGUUCACCUACGAGAACCAGUCGUCGGGCGUAUACGACUUGACCUACGAGGCACCGUGCGACGAGCCCUCCAAGCUGACUGUGGAGUACGAGAACACCGGACGGGCCAAAGCGCAGAUACCGACUCCCCCUCCUCUCCCGCCACCUCGCCCUCCCACAGAGGAGAGGCAAAGCAGUUCCUCCUCAUCCUCCUCAUCCUCCUCAUCCUCCUCGUCCUCCUCACACGCCGAAGAUGAAGACAAAGGUGAGGCAGAGGACUGGAACCGGAAGGAUGAGAGAGAGGAAGAGGAGAAGAUAGAGGUAGAGGAGAGCAGCAAUGAGCUGAAUUGGGAGAGGAGGUCUCCAGAGGCAGAGGCAGGGGCAGACGGCAGGAACUCAUCCCGCAGAUCCUCGUCUUCAUCGUCGUCGUCAUCGGCCUCUGAGAAGGAGGAGCCCGAGGAGAAGCCAGAGCCUGAAAAAGAGGGACUUAAAAUCCAACUUUAUGUCAAGGCUGGGAGUGAUGGGGAGAGCAUCGGAAACUGUCCCUUCUCUCAGCGCCUCUUUAUGAUCCUCUGGCUGAAAGGCGUUGUCUUCAAUGUCACCACCGUCGACCUCAAGAGGAAACCGGCUGACCUUCACAACCUGGCCCCGGGGACACACCCGCCAUUCCUCACCUUCCAGGGGGAGGUUCUCACCGACGUCAACAAAGUAGAGGAGUAUCUGGAGGAGAUGCUGGCUCCACCAAAGUAUCCCAAACUUGCAGCGAAGAACCGGGAAUCAAACACAGCGGGGAACGACAUAUUUGCCAAGUUCUCCGCUUUUGUCAAAAACAAAAGACCGGAUAAAAAUCGAGCAUUAGAGAAGAGUCUAGACAAGUGCCUGGCUAAGCUGGACGAGUAUCUGAAGAGUCCUCUACCUGACGAGGUUCAGGGGGGACACCACAGAGGCGAGGGCGAAUCCGAACGCAAAUACCUGGACGGAGACGACCUGACACUGGCUGACUGCAACCUUCUGCCCAAACUUCAUGUUGUCAAGGUGGUUUCAAAGAAAUACCGGAACUAUGACAUCCCGUCUGAAUUCACAGGGUUGUGGCGUUACCUUGGCAAUGCCUACAGCCGAGAUGAGUUCACCAACACGUGCGCGGCCGAUGUGGAAAUCGAGCUAGCCUACAAGGACGUUGCUAAGAGGUUGGAAAAGUGAAUGCAUCGCUACCACAGUCACUGUUGUACCGUUGUCUCCUUCUAGAGAAUCUAGUGAAUCACACACAGAAGCAUAUACAGUCUUUACAAAGGAGGAGUCAUUUUAAAACUACUGUGCCGAAAGGUGGUUAAAUGUAGCACAGUGGUGAGGUGUCUCAAAGAAAAGACACACCAUUUUAAAAAAAGAGAUGUUUCCAGCAUCUCAAUAAUACUUACUGUGAACAAAUGGAAGAGGCUGGAACUGUUUGUUUUUGGUGAUUAUACUGCCGAUAUUUAUGUCAAAAAUUAAAGGGACCCCAAAAUCAAAAAUACAUAUUUUUCUCUCUUUUCCUUCAACCAUAGCUCCUACAUGAAACUGCUCAUGACAUGACAUCUUGAGUAACCAUGUCAGGAUUUCUGGAAAGAGACAUUUCUGUCACAUUUCUUUCUUAAAUGUAUUUUUUGGCGCUCUGAGCGCCACAAGCCGAGCGCCAUAUCGUCCCAUUAUAUUGGAGAAAGGGCAGACAUCUCCAACACUAGGCAACUCACACCAAAACAAUCUAAAUUGAUAUACAGCCCUACAGGUAAGAGAGAAAAAAAGGUAUUUUUAAUUUUGGGGUGAACUGUCCCUUUAAGGGGGAAAUAAAAUGUAAUACUAAU